AUGAAAGAGUUCAUUCAUCCAAAAACCACCGUUAAUACUGCUAAUGGAAACGGUACAAGCACUUCUAGUAGCAGAUUCAAGAUCGAGAAACAGAACAGUAUAGGAAGAGCAUUGCAGACAGCAGUGACAAGAGCUUUUUCAAUCAGAAGAUCUUCAUAUGUAUCUGAAAGGUAUGCCAGGACCCAUGAUCAGUAUGAAAAUCCACUUGAUGAUGUUGAUCAUUUUGAAGCACAGGAACAAGAACAAGGAGAAGACUUGCAUAUGGGAAUAUCUAAGGAGAAAAGGGGCAGGGGAAGUAUACUGAAAACUUGUCAGCACAUUUUUGUUUCUCGAUCUUGA